AUUCAGUCCGCAAAGAAAACAACAUGGCGUCCAAAGAUUCUCAAAAUGUCAAUGUGGUAUCAAGUGAUGAGGAACCUGAUACUGGCCCCUCAGAGAACCAGAAGGCAAAGGAAAUAGCUCUGAUUGAUCCAAAUGUCAUAGACUUGGAUCUUAACCAUACGAGGAUAGGAAAGAUAGAAAAACUUGAGGCACUAACCAAAGUUGAGACAAUCUGCUUUCGCCAGAACCUCAUAAGUAAGCUGGAAGGACUUGACACGCUUGGAGACACACUGCGUGAACUAGAUGUCUAUGACAACCAGAUUACUCAAAUUGAGGGUAUCCAGAAUCUAGUUAAUCUUGUCUUGCUUGAUUUGUCAUUCAAUCGUAUAAAAAAGAUAGAAAAUGUGGGUGACCUUCAUAAAAUAAAGAAGAUCUUCUUUUCAUCGAACAAAAUCAGCAAGAUUGAGAACCUGGAUCACAUGACAGAACUGGAAAUGCUAGAGUUGGGUGCAAAUAGAAUUCGCGUUAUUGAAAAUAUCUCAACAUUCACAAAGCUGACGGAGCUAUUCCUUGGGAAGAAUAAAAUCACCACUAUAUGCAACCUGGAUAGCUUGGUCAACCUCACUAUAUUAGAUAUACAGAGUAAUCGCCUGCUAAAAGUUGAAGGACUUGAAAGUCUUGUGAACCUAGAACAGCUUUAUCUCAGCCACAAUGGAAUCUCAGUCAUAGAGGGACUGGACAAAAAUUUAAAGCUCCAAACAGUGGACCUAGCUGCCAACAGAAUUGAGAAAAUAGAAAACCUCAACCAUCUAACAGAAUUGGAGGAACUUUGGUUAAAUGACAACAAUGUUUCACAAUGGGAGAAUAUUCUGCACCUGAAACCACUCACCAAACUAGAGACAGUCUAUCUAGAACGUAACCCUAUCUGGCGUGAAGAAAACAACCCAACGAAAAUUAAUGUGAACUAUAGACGUAAACUCAUGCUUGAUUUGCCACAGUUGAAACAAAUUGACGCCACCUAUUGUAGAUAGUAGUGAAGGUGUUGAUGUGGUAUGGUACAAUCACAGAAAAUCAGGUUGAUUGUUGACUUGUGACACAUUGCUCAUUGUUCUGAAGUAUUUAUUUCAUUAUGACUGUAAUGUAGUGGAAUAUGCAUAUGAGAGAAUAUUACAUGCAGCUGAGUUAUUAAGAGGACACUUUUAUGAUGUUGUGAAAAAUUAUUUGACAUGUGGAUGCAGUCAAUACUGCCUCUGAAGAUUAUUCAUUGGCCCAUUCUAAAUGCAAA